GACUCCAUUUCCCGGCGGGCGGCGCGGAGGGUGGUGGGGGGGAAGGCGGUCAGCGCCGAGAUGGCGGUUGAUAAGGAUCUGCUGCAGCUGGACCUGUACGGCUUGUUGGGGGUCGGCGAGAAGGCGUCGGAGAAGGAGGUUAAGAAAGCAUACCGGCAGAAGGCCCUGACUUGUCACCCAGAUAAGAACCCAGAUGAUCCCAGAGCAGGUGAGAUGGGGCUGUGUGGACACAGACAACUCUUCAUGUUUGUUUUCACAUGUGCAGACUCCUCGAAGUGGCUCUGCUUAACUUCAGGUCUCUUCCAUAAGGGAUUGUCUUUUCUGGUGCAUCUCCAGGCCACUAGAAUGGUUUUCUGCAUCUUACCCUUUUUUCUUCUAAUUCCCAGCGGAAGUCUUCCACCAACUGUCUCAGGCCUUAGCCGUGCUAACAGAUGCAGCAGCAAGGAUCUUGAAGCCAGAGAACGAGAAGCCCAGACUCGUGAGAGUGAAGAGGAGGAGAUCAGGAUAACGAGAUCAUUAGAACAAGAAAUAAUACGCCUACGUGAAGAAGGCUCUCGUCAGCUUGAGGAGCAGCAGAGACUCAUUCAAGAACAGAUCCGGCUUGAAAGAGAGCAGCACAUCCAAGGCAAGCAAGAAAGAAAUGGAGCAGAAGGCAAAAUAACUCCUAAACUCAAACUAAAAUGGAAAUGCAGGAAAGAAGAUGAGACAAGAGGAGGAUACUCAAAAGAUGUUCUGUUGCAGAUCCUGCAAAAGUAUGGCGAUGUGCUUAAUUUGUUGAUCUCAAGUAGGAAGACUGGGAGUGCAGUUGUGGAAUUUGCUACAGUUAAGGCUGCUGAGAUGGCUGUGAAGAAUGAAGUUGGCCUGAUAAAUAACCCUCUAAAGAUUUCCUGGCUGGAGGGCCAGCCCCAGAACAAUCCCAGCACUGUCCUUUCUGACAGCACUAGUCAGCCUAGGACUUCACAGGAUCUUUUGCCUGAGUAGCAGCACACUGAGAACACAAGCUAUUUGGAUGACUGGAUCUUCACACAAUCUGACUCUCUCUCUUCCAAGUGAAAAAUAAGGAUGUUCCUUGCUCAGCCCAAAGCCUCUAAUGCCAUUCUUCUGGAAUUUUUUCUAAUAUACUUUGACUGUGGGAAUCUUCUGGCUGAUAGCUGGUUGAAGUGGGUCUCCUAGAAGGUUUCUUUAAGAGAGGCUUCGUUACUCACUGCAUUCACAAGAGAAUGAAAUUUCAGUGCUGAAAGGAAACCUCUAUUUUUAGGGUCUGCAGGAGGGAAGAGAAGGCAAUAUCAAAUUAAAUAUCCUUGUAGAGACCUUA